CUUACUUAUUAUAUGUAUAAAUCGCCGUCUUCCCCAACCCCUGCACGCCGAUCGGUCGAUCGAUCGGUUAAUACUCUUAGUCCACCGCCACCGCCCGUCGCUCGCCAUGGCGCAGGAGAGCAGCGACGUCGUCGUCAACAAGUGCACCACCAAUUCCAAGGCCGGGACCAAUUCCGAGGAAGACGGCGGCGGCGGUGCCGAUCGCGACAGACCACUGGUGGUGUCGUCGUCAGCGCCGGCGACGCCGUUCAAGUUCAACGUGCACGCGCCCGAGUUCGUGCCCAUGUCGCCCAACGCCGCCAGCCCCAUGUCGGCGCCGGCGGGAGGCUACUACUCGCCCUUCAUGCAGAUGCAGGCCGGCCUCACGCCCGACUGGAGCUUCUUCCACGAUCACGAGCCCGUCUUCUUCAUGCCGGACUUCGCGCACGCCAAGUUCGGCGCCGCAGCCGCAGCCGCCGGGAGCAACAGCGCGCAGGCUAAGGGGACCGGCGCCACCGCGGACGUCACGCAGAAGAUUGUCAAGCAGGUGGAGUACCAGUUCAGCGACAUCAAUCUGGUGGCCAACGAGUUCUUGCUCAAGAUCAUGAACAAAGACACAGAAGGCUACGUUCCGCUGUCGGUGAUUGCGUCCUGGAAGAAGAUCAAGUCUCUCGGGGCAACCAACCAGAUGCUGGUGAAGGCUCUUCGCACCUCCACAAAGCUUAUUGUCAGCGAUGACGGCAAGAAAGUCCGGCGCAGGCAGCCAUUCACUGAGAAGCACAAGGAAGAACUGCAGUCUCGCAUGAUCAUAGCAGAGAAUCUGCCGGAGGACUCGUCAAGAAACAGCCUCGAGAAGAUCUUUGGUGUCGUCGGAAGCGUGAAGAACAUCAAGAUAUGCCAUCCACAGGAGCCUAGCACGGCAAGGGCGGCUUCCAAGUCAGACACACUAGUGAGCAAUAAGAUGCACGCACUCGUGGAGUACGAGACCUCACAGCAAGCUGAGAAAGCAGUGGAGAAGCUGAACGAUGAGCGGAACUGGAGGAAAGGCCUCCGCGUCCGCACCGUGCUCAGGCGCUCGCCCAAGUCCGUGAUGAGGCUGAAGCGGCCAGAUUUCGACCACUUUGUGGGCUCCGACGACGACUCGCCGCACUCCCAGAUGUCGUCCGACUCCCCGACGGCGGACAACUCAUCACCUGAGGCUCAUCAGACGCAGCAGGAUGCUGAUCACCAGAAUGGGGGGAUCAAGCAGCAGAAAGGGUGGGCGAGAGGACGAGGGAAGCUUCACGUGACGGCGCCGCACAGCCCGCAGUCCGCUCCGGCCGGCAUGGUCGGGCACUUCGACCCCUCCAGCCCGAGGCAGCAGGCCAAGUGCCCGUCCAGCCCCGGCAGCAGGCAGCAGCAGGCUUCCUCCCAGAAGUGCCCCUUCAGCCCCAGGCAGCCUCCUCCCCAGGGCCCCAGGAUGCCUGACGGCACGCGCGGCUUCACCAUGGGCCGGGGCAAGCCACCGGCAACGUCGUCGUCGUCGCCGCCGGCGCCCCGGCCAGUGGCGGCGGCGCCGACGACUCCUGCUCCAGUCCUUGUUUAGUUUCACUUACUCGCUUAUUAUAUAAUUGGUCGGUGCUCGCCUCGCCUCCAAGUUUGUUUAAUCCUACUCGCUCCUACCUAUCCCUAUCUAUCCUACCUAUCUUA